AUGGCCUCAGACAAGGAUAACAUCUACUUCUACAAUCCCUCCCUCGGGGCAUCCGUCCUCUUCACCAUUAUCUACAUCAUCCCACUCCUCUACCAGUCAUACAUGACAUUCAUCUUCCCCCGGAAAGCCCAAACCCAACGGACCAAAUACUUCAUCCCGGCGGUCGUCGGUGCCGCGCUUGAAGUAGUGGGGUAUGCGCUCCGCUGCGCCAGCGUCAAGCAACCAGCGGAUAUCUCACUGUACGCCGUCUCCAACACCCUGAUUGUCAUCGCCCCGGUCUUUGUCUGCGCGAGUCUCUACAUGCUUCUUGGAAAGUUGGAGGCUAGCUCGGCGGAUGGGAGUGCCAAGAAGCCCGCGAACUUUCUCCGCGGGGGUUCGGGUAGAUGGCUGCCGUGGGUGUUUUUGUCAUUGGAUAUCCUUGCGGUCCUGACACAGGGGUCUGGGAGUGGGAUUGCCUCCUCGGGGAGCUGGAAGGGGUCGACCAAGGACGCGGGGAUUGGGGUGUUGAUUGGGGGGUUGGUGUUGCAGGUUGUCACGUUUGCGGCGUACCUGGUUAUUAUGGUCUGGUUUCAUUGGAGGGCGACGGUGGAGGGUUACCAGUUGGCUCAUGGGGUUCAAAUGGUCAUGAGGGGGAUUUAUAUUGCUGGAUUCUGUAUCAUGCUCCGCUCUAUCUAUCGUGUGUUUGAAUUUGCCUUUGGCAUUGAUUCGUACACGUUUACGCAUGAAUGGCCGUUGUAUGCGCUCGAGGCUGUUCCCAUGCUUAUCGCUUUGUUGGUCUUGGCCUGGUUCCAUCCGGCGCGAUGGUUGGCAAAGUCUGGGCUGGAGGGAGAGGAGAUCUCUCUGCGCAAGUCGUCAGGACUACGAAACACCGAAGAGCAAUCUCUAGCUUGA